GGUGUGGACUUGGAAACAGCCAGGGACAUUCCGGGACUCAUUUCGUUUCAGGUCCCCUGAAGGACGCUCCGUCCUAUGAUGAUAUGAAAGGGCCACGGUGGGAGACAGGAACAAGCCUCUUCUCUGUCCAGUUCUACGCCACCAAAGCAGCUGUCUCCAGGUGGUACCCGAAUCUCACCAAUCGGAAAGAGAGUUACAUUUUACCGCGGCUCCGGCAUCCAAUCCGAGGUCAUGUCUCAGACUCCACCGCGCCGGUCUACCAGCUGGUAGCCAGUUCCGCUGUCGCGCGCCGGGCAGCUGCGCACACUCAGGAGCACCCCCAGCAGCGCAGAUCUGCUGGACGUUGGGGCUGUUAACAGCGGCGGGGCGCCCGCUAUUGCGCAGGCGCCUCAGGAAGGUCUGCGCCUGGUCGCGCGCCCUGCACGUCUGCCUCGCCCCCCGGGUCCCACGAUCCCGCGGCGUCGACGGCGGCGGGUGAGUGUGCGACUGGCGCGCACGGCGUUCUGCAGGGAAAAGUCACCGUCUCCUUACGUCUUAAGGGCUUUGAACCUAAAGGCGGAACCCUGAUCAUUCCCCUUCAACGUGUUCAUUAUGAAGUUACUAGUAACACUUUUAUUUUCUGGACUUAUAACUGCUUGUAGAGGUAACUCUUCCUACAGUUUGCCACCAAAGUUACUUUUGGUGUCCUUUGAUGGCUUCAGAGCUGACUAUCUGCAGAACUAUGAAUUUCCUCAUCUGCAGAAUUUUAUCAAAGAAGGUGUCUUGGUAGAGCAUGUUAAAAAUGUUUUCAUCACCAAAACAUUUCCAAACCACUACAGUAUUGUGACAGGCUUGUAUGAAGAAAGCCAUGGCAUUGUGGCCAAUUCCAUGUAUGAUGUAAUCACAGAGAAACAUUUUUCUGACUUUAAUUACAAGGAUCCUUUUUGGUGGAAUGAGGCAGUACCAAUUUGGGUGACCAAUCAGCUUCAGGAAAACAGAUCAAGUGCUGCUGCGAUGUGGCCUGGUACCGACAUACCCAUCCACAAUACCACACCUUCCUAUUUUAUGAAUUACAACUCCUCAGUGUCAUUUGAGGAGAGACUAAAUAAUAUUACCAUGUGGCUGAGCAACUCGAACCCACCAGUCACCUUUGCAACACUCUAUUGGGAAGAGCCAGAUGCAAGUGGACAUAAAUACGGACCUGAAGAUAAAGACAACAUGCGCAGUGUGUUGAAAAAAAUAGAUGACCUUAUUGGUGACCUGGUCCACAAACUCAAGAUGUUAGGCUUGUGGGAAAAUCUUAAUGUAAUCAUUACAAGUGAUCACGGGAUGGCCCAGUGUUCUAAGGACAGACUGAUCAACUUGGAUCUCUGCAUCAAUCGUUCAGACUACACUCUUAUAGAUUUGACCCCAGUUGCUGCGAUACUUCCCAAAAUAAAUAAAACAGAGGUUUAUAACAAACUAAAAAACUGUAGCUCUCACUUGAAUGUUUAUCUCAAAGAGGACAUUCCUGCCAGAUUUCAUUACCAACAUAACAGUCGAAUUCAGCCUGUUGUUUUGGUUGCAGAUGAAGGCUGGACGAUUGUGCUAAAUAAAUCAUCAACAAGAUUAGGUGACCAUGGCUAUGAUAAUUCUUUGCCGAGUAUGCAUCCAUUUCUGGCUGCCCACGGUCCUGCAUUUCACAAAGGCUACAAAUACAACACAAUUAACAAUGUGGAUAUUUAUCCAAUGAUGUGCCACAUCCUGGGAUUAGAACCACACCCCAAUAAUGGAAGCUUUGGUCAUACUAAGUGUUUGUUAGUUGACCAAUGGUGCAUUAAACUGCCAGAAGCCAUUGGAAUUGUUAUUGGUGCACUCUUGGUCUUAACCACUCUAACGUGCCUUAUGAUAAUCAUGCAGAAUAGACUCUCUGUGCCGCAGCCAUUUUCCCGACUUCAGCUGCAAGAAGAUGAUGAUGAUCCUUUAAUUGACUAACGUGUGUUGAGGUUUAUACAAAGUAUCUUCGCUUAGUCACAAAACCAAGGAUAUACCCAAGGUGUUAUAACUAUGAAAAAAUAUGCUUUGAAUGACAAAGACUUGACACCAUGCAUGCUAAAGUUAUUGUUUUGUUUUUCCUUUUGUUUUGUUUUGAUGCAUUAUUAGGUAAUACAAAAAGGAAAAAAAAACACCCUGUCCAUAGUAAAAAUUUUUAGUAAAUCAUUAGUUAACACCAGCUAUUUCUCUAACUAGAAACAUUUUUUAAGAAAAAUACUGCCUCUGACUUUUUUUCUUUUUGCAAUGAAGAUUUAACACAUCUUCAGAUGAAAAUAUACCAUAAUUUAGUAGGCAUGCCUUUCUAAUAAGUUUUUAUAUUUGUAAAUGAAACAAUGGAAUCUUUAUGCAAUUAGUGGAUUUUUGUGUAUCAGAGAGAAAAAGUUACCUAUAUUUUUAUAUUUACCUUUAAUAGAGUUUGUAUCCCAAGUAAACCUUCACAGAGAGUUAGGGAAUUCUCUGUGAUGGUUAAUAAAAUCAGUUACCCAGGCAGAAAAGAGCUAGCACAUAAAGAUACUAUUUUAAGAAAAGCUUUUGUGAAAAAUAAACCAACAAUGACAGUGUGGUACGAAGCCUUGGUCUGCACCACUGUGUCUUUGUUAAGACCCUUA